GCCCAUAAACAUCCCAUCGGCCAUCUCUGCAACGCCUCCUCCCCAUGCGCCGCAGCUUGACGACGCCGCCGCCGCCGCUCUCGUCCCCUCCCGCCCGUGCGCCGCCGCCACCGCCACCGGCAAUCUCCCCCUCCCCACGGCGACCGCCGUGGCAGUCACAGUGACUGGUUCAGAGACUGAAGAGUGGGUGGAAGGAGAUGCCUUCGAUUCAAAAGGCUUUGCCUCCAGAGCUUGCUGAUAAUGUGAUCAGACUGUACCGUGAAUGCUUAAGGAGGGCCAGGUUCAUUGGGCAUCAGAAACACAAUACGGGGCUUAUUGUUUCAAUGGUAAGGGAGCAGUUUAAGAAAAACAUGCAUGAAACUGAUCCAGAGAAGAUACAGAAAAUGAAGGAUGAUGCGGCAAGGGGCCUUAUCAAUCACAUUUUGUAUGAAUCUGAGAAGAUGACAGGACGCAAAUUUUCAAGUUAAGAAAUUUGGAACUAGACAAUCAGUGUGCUGUAUGAAUAAUAGUAAACAGUGAUGUGAUCUUGUGGUUGCUGAAUUACUUUGUUUUUUUUUUGGCACAAGGAUCAACUAAUCCUUUGAUGGGUCAUUGAGUUAUUAAGGUGGUUGUUUUCUUUGGUUUCAUCUACUGUGGCUCUUGACUCUUGAGGUGUUUCACCCAAGCUUGCAAUAUGCUACUUGGGCAGGUCAUCUUGAAACCUGGAAAUAUGAAUCUUCAGUGAUUGAUAAUGCUUUCUUUCAGAAAUCAGAUCCAUAA